UCCUUAUUACCCUUCUUCCUUCUUAUAAAAAAAAUUUGAACUAAUGUUUUUUGGUACUUCUCUUACAUUUUAUUAGUUCAACGGACAAUUAUGUCUAAGCAAACCUUAAACAAAAUGUCGUCGUCGACGAUAAGGAGUCUCAGCGAGAUAUCGGAGAUGGAGACGAUACAUCUCAGCGUCGAUCUCGUAUCGGCGGCGAGACGAAAUAUUGGGUUCUUGAGAAGUGUUUAUGAGUGUCAGUGGCUUCACCAAAGAGCAACAACUAUUGAAGCAAUAAGGAGGUAUGAUGAGGUAUGGAUGCCGUUGAUUUCUAAUCUAACGGUGGAAGGGUCAACACCUCCUAUGGUUCUGCCACCUUUCGAUGUCGAGUGGGUUUGGUUCUGUCACACCUUGAACCCAGUUGGUUAUAGGAAAUACUGUGAAACAAGAUUCUCAAAACAAAUCGGAAAACCAGCAAUUUUCAAUGAAGAAAACGAAGAGUAUGCAUUGAUGAGAUGUAAACAAAUCUGGGUUCAACAAUUUUCAUCCGAGCCAUUCGAGAAUGAAGUGGAAUCAGAUUCUAAAAACCAACCAUUGAUGAAGAAAGAUCUUUUCAAUGAAGUUGAAAAGCACAAGUUCUUGUACUCAAAAUUUGCUGAACCAUACUUGAGUGAGCUAGUGUAUUUGAUAGCAGCUAGACAAAGAUACAAAGGGUUUCUGUAUAUGAUGCAAAGAUUUGGAGAUGGGUGCUUCAGAUUUGUGCCUGCUUUGGAUAUUCUACUAAUGCUGCUCACUCAUCAGAGCUACCCAAGAGUAUAUGUAGAGGAUAUGAAAGAGAUGUGGGAUAAUAUGGGCAAAUUAGUAGUGGGGUUAUGGGAAACAGUAGAAGAAAAACAAGUAGAAGAAACCAAGAAGCUAUGGGAGACAACCUUUGAUGAACCUUAUGAGAAAGCUGGGGGAGGGAUAGCAGUGGGAAUGGAGAAGGUGGUAUUGCCCAACCCACCAAUAUAUUGGGAGGUUUCAGAUGUUGAUGUCAACACUACUAAAUACAAGUCCAUGAUACCAAGGUUUCUCCUUGAGGCAUGUGUCUUUGUAAGGCUCAAUGAUCGGAGGAAAGCAACAAACGUAGACAACAAACACAAAUUUCUUCGUCUUCAGAUGUUAAGAUGUCACAGGGAGCUUAAACUUGAGAAACCGAUCACCGACUUUUCAUGCGAUUCAUGGCGAAAAGCUUGGCAUUUGUAUUGUGAAUUUGGGACUAAAGGGCUCAUGGUUGAGCUUCGAUGUCGCGGUGGCAGCACUCUUUCCUUCAAAGGAAGUAAAUUGGUGAAGUCGAUGGUGUUUUGUUGGAAUGAUUUGGUAAGGGCACCGUGUAUUACGUUGAGGAGAGAUGUAGAGGAAAUGAGGGUUGUUGCAUCUAUAACUUCCCCGGUUCAAGCACCGUACUUGCUGAAAUGUGUGCCGGAUAGAGUGACAGAUGAUUCAGGAGCCAUGGUAUCGGAUGUGAUUCUGAAAUUAAAUAAUUAUCGACCCCAGAAAGGUCGUUGGCUGUCUCGAACUGUUCUAGACCAUGCUGGGAGAGAAUGUUUUGUUGUUAGAAUCAGGGUGGGAGGAGGGUUUUGGAGAAGAGGAGCAGAAACUCCUUGUGGUGUGAACUGGGAAGAAAGGAUAAUCGAGAUACGUGAAGGCUCUUGGUCUUAUGUGGCCGGUUCCAUCGGUAAAGCUCCUGAGAAAGUUGUAGGAACAGCUACACCAAAAGAACCUCCACAGCAAUGGAAAGCGGCAUGGCUGUUCUCAACAGGCGAUGAAUUCCUCAUAAACUGGGGAUCUUCAACAUCAAGUUCUGACCUCACUUUUUGCCUUAAAACUCAACAAUCCUCAGAUUCAUCCAUCAUGUUGUUGAGGGGACGAAAAAUGCAAUACCAUGAAGAAACCAAAAGCAAAGUUGCCGAAGCAGAUGAUGGAUUCGUGACUCUCGUAAGGUUCACGGAAGAUAAUCCGACUGGAAGAACGACCGCGUUGUUGAAUUGGAAGCUAUCGGUGGUUGAACUAUUGCCUGAGGAAGAUGCGGUGUUGGUGCUUCUACUUUGUGUCUCGAUACUUCGAACUGUAUCCGAGAUAACUAAGGAAGAUGUCGGACGGUUGUUGGUACGGCGAAGGUUGAAAGAAGCGAAACUCGGCGCUCGAGAUUGGGGUUCCGUACUACUUCAUCCUUCUUCAUUGUCUUCGUCUAGUGAUUCACCUUAUUUGCGGCCGUGGUAUUUGAAUGCUAACAAAGUGAUGGCACAACAUGAAGAUGAUGGUAUUACGAGGCAACCGGGGUUUAAGUAUUCACCGGUCGAGGGCGGCGAUAUGCUUUACAAACGUGGGAUCAUUACUUAAGUAACGCUUGAGAAAAAUAUUCUGCACCACUUUUUUAUGGUAGCAAUAUGGAAAGAUGUGCACAUAAUUUGGAAGACUUUCAUGUUAUUGAUUAAAAGUUAAAUUAUGUAUACUUUAAGGAAUCCAAAGGAAAACCUAUAUAUAUAUAUCUGGUUUCAGCAAAA